GCGCGAGCGGUUGCUCCCUCCCGCGAGAGUAAAGUGUCUUCUUGCUUCCGGAGUGGUCUUCGCCGGUUGCGGAUAAGUAGUGUUUGUUGCUGUACCAUGGCGUCUGUUGGGACUCUCGCCUUCGAUGAAUAUGGGCGCCCCUUCCUCAUCAUCAAGGACCAGGACCGCAAGUCUCGUCUUAUGGGACUUGAGGCCCUCAAGUCUCAUAUAAUGGCGGCCAAGGCUGUAGCCAAUACGAUGAGAACAUCGCUUGGACCAAAUGGGCUUGAUAAAAUGAUGGUGGAUAAGGAUGGCGAUGUGACUGUAACUAAUGAUGGUGCCACCAUUUUAAGCAUGAUGGAUGUUGAUCAUCAGAUUGCCAAGCUGAUGGUUGAACUGUCCAAAUCACAGGAUGACGAAAUUGGAGAUGGAACCACAGGAGUGGUUGUCCUGGCUGGUGCCCUGUUGGAAGAAGCCGAGCAGCUGCUGGACCGUGGCAUUCACCCCAUCAGGAUCGCCGACGGCUAUGAGCAGGCUGCCCGCAUUGCCAUCGAGCACCUGGACAAGAUCAGCGACAGAGUUUUUGUUGACAUAAGGGACACCGAGCCCCUGAUUCAGACUGCGAAAACCACGCUGGGCUCCAAAGUGGUUAACAGCUGUCACCGACAGAUGGCCGAGAUCGCUGUGAAUGCCGUCCUCACCGUAGCAGACAUGCAGCGCAGAGACGUUGACUUUGAGCUCAUCAAAGUGGAGGGCAAAGUGGGUGGGAGGUUGGAGGACACUAAGCUUAUUAAGGGUGUGAUCGUAGACAAGGAUUUCAGUCACCCACAGAUGCCGAAGCAAGUGGAAGAUGCCAAGAUUGCAAUUCUCACGUGUCCAUUUGAACCACCGAAACCAAAGACGAAGCAUAAGCUGGAUGUGACCUCUGUGGAAGAUUAUAAAGCCCUUCAGAAAUACGAAAAGGAGAAGUUUGAAGAGAUGAUUCAGCAAAUUAAAGAAACUGGCGCUAACCUAGCUAUUUGCCAGUGGGGCUUUGACGACGAAGCAAAUCAUUUACUUCUUCAGAAUAACUUGCCUGCGGUCCGUUGGGUUGGAGGACCUGAGAUCGAGUUGAUUGCCAUUGCGACGGGAGGGCGGAUCGUCCCACGGUUCUCGGAGCUCACACCUGAGAAGCUGGGCUUUGCUGGUCUUGUAAAGGAGAUCUCAUUUGGGACAACGAAGGACAAAAUGCUGGUCAUCGAGCAGUGUAAGAACUCCAGAGCUGUAACCAUUUUCAUCAGAGGAGGAAAUAAGAUGAUCAUCGAGGAAGCGAAACGAUCCCUCCAUGAUGCUCUGUGUGUCAUCCGGAACCUCAUCCGUGACAAUCGUGUGGUGUAUGGAGGCGGCGCUGCUGAAAUAGCGUGUGCUCUGGCCGUCAGCCAAGAGGCAGAUAAGUGCCCGACCUUGGAGCAGUACGCCAUGAGGGCCUUUGCCGACGCGCUGGAGGUCAUCCCCAUGGCCCUUUCUGAAAACAGCGGCAUGAAUCCCAUCCAGACCAUGACUGAAGUGCGAGCCAGACAAGUGAAGGAGUUGAACCCUGCUCUUGGAAUUGACUGUUUGCACAAAGGCACAAAUGAUAUGAAGCAACAACAUGUCAUAGAAACCUUGAUUGGCAAAAAGCAACAGAUCUCUCUUGCAACACAAAUGGUUAGAAUGAUUUUGAAGAUUGAUGACAUCCGAAAGCCUGGAGAAUCGGAAGAAUAAAGAAGAAAUUUAGAAUAAAAUAUAGUAGUAAGAUGCACUACUGUGAUUAAAUAAAUGGAUGUCUUGUGAUGCAUCUACAGUAUUUAUUAUAUUACGUCCUUUUUCAGACACUGUAGAUGCUGUGAUGAAAAUAGCUGUUCAGUAGCCAUAGUUCUCUUGUUCCGAGAUGUGUGAUUGUAGAGAUGCUGUCUCAUCAGCUUUUGUAUUCGUUGUAUUAAAGGGACCUCUUUAAACAACCUUCAUCUUCUGCUCUUCAAGUUUAAGAAACAUUCCCUGUGGUAUUAAUCCAGUGCUGCCUUAACUGAAGGGGUUUGAGUAGUUCGUUUGUUCUUUUUUAAUAAGCUGUAGGAAUUAUUUUAACAGCUUGAACAUUGAGUUUGUUCUCAGGAUUUAUUGUAACAGUGUGAGGAAUAUGGGCUUGAUCCUGUUAGACUUAUUUAAAUGAUGCGCCUGUCUGAACAGUGGGUCGUUUAAUUGUAGGGACCCAUCAUAGGAUUAUUUCUGCCGCAGAAUUUUGGGAUGUCUAAGUGCUGUUAGGUUACACUGACGUAACCUGGGUGUGACUGCAGUGCUGAUGAGACCAGCCUUGAAAGUUUCAUCUUCACCUUGUCUCCUUUGCUUUCUUCUGGUCCUGCCCUGAACGUAGGCCAGCUUGUGUACAGAGAAGGCUGGCGUAGGCACAGACUUCUGCCCCACCCACAGACGCUUAGGCAUUUCAGAACCCAGUUGGGGUUUUCUUUUCAGAGGGACAAAACAAGCAGAGCUUAGAGUGAAUUAUACAAAGUUUAAGAGAGAAUGGAUUGAGUGGGAGGAAAUACCUUGCGAUUGCUAGGUAUAGUAUAUUGGUAUCGAGUUGUACAUGCUAAAAUAAUACUGGCUGCAGGUGACACAGCCCUUACCACGGGCCAGGCCAUGUUUGGAGGGUUACCUGGAUUGUCUCAGGUCUCUCCACCCAGGGAAGGAGAUAGGUUUCUUAGUAGUCACAUCUUACGGGCGAGUCUUGGUUAUUUGCCAGCAUCUGGCCAGUAAGUAGUAGAGCCAGGUCAAACCCAGACAGUCUAACUCCGCAGUGCCUCUCGUCCCAAUGCUGUUUGGUCCCGUUUGUCUAUAUGUCGUUCUCCGAGGGUUUCUGGUAGGACCAGUCAGAGGGUGUAGAAGCAGGAAGUGGUGAUUGUUCUGUCUGAAUUAACCUCAGUGGUGUGUUUCAGGGUUGCCUUUUCCUGUGAACCUGGAGGCUGACCAGUCUUAACGCUUGAGCCUUGUGGGUCCUUUCGACGUGAAUGUGUUGAUAGUUUCCCUCAACAAGUAUCCUGUGGAUGAGGAAUAAGUGCUAAUAUCACUUCCUAAUUUUGUAUGUUUAUGGAGUUACAUGGUUGAGUAUUGAAAGCUUAAAACCUGUUGAACAUACACCCUAGUAUUUUUUCAUCAUAAAGUGGGUUGUGAAAUAGCACUAUCAUAACUCAAACUACAACAUUCUGCGUACAGCAUCAGAAUGCAUCUAUUCCAAGUUCAGAAUCAAGUCAGGCACAGACCCCCUUAAAUAAACAUCUUGACCUUGGAGCAGUGUGAGUGAGUUGAUUUGCAGAGACUGCUUCCAGCCUGCAAAGAGCAUGCAGCGGCUGUGGACCAGAGUAUUCCCUGAAGGGGUCCCUGGUUGUAUGAGAAGAGCCUCUGAACCACUCCUCUCUUCCAAAAGUCAACCUCACCGUGUCCCUGGUGUUUUCUGUGGUUGAGAGAGACUCUGUGGCCUGUGAACAGGAAAGCUUGAGGAGAUGUGGUCACAACAUCAGCUGUUGGUUUUGCUUUUGUAAAAGCACCUCUGCAAGAUAAUGUUACCCUUUUUUGUUUGUUUUGGUUUUUUUUUUGGUGAUGAAUAUUGGCCCUAAGCUAACAUCUGUGCCAGUCUUCCUCUAUUUGUGUGUGGGACACUGCCACAGCAUGGCUGAUGAAUGUUGUAGGUCCACACCCAGGAUGUGAACCUGGGCUGCUGAAGUGGAGCACGUGAACUUACCCACUACACCACCAGGCAGGCCUCAAUGUGUUAACCUUUUCUUAUCUUCAAGUUCCAAAUCACUUGUCAAGUUUUCCACCCCUUGUACUUGAGGUACGUGCCCCCUCAUCCUCUCUGUCACAAGAGCAGCUCGAGGCACUUGGUCCUGAGGCCCUGUUCUGCUGCAGGACUUCUUGGCUCUCAGUUCCUCCACUUGCUGGAUUUAGUUGAUGUUUGUUAACAGCCUGGUCUUUAAUUAUAAGCAACCACUCAAAAGCACAAAUGCGUCUGGAAGGGUGGAGAGCCUGGUCUGUGCUAUGUGACUGCACUGCCUGACCCUUGUGCCUUUCUCCUCUGCUCCUUGUGAAACGGCUCCGCUAAAGGAUCAGGAGGGCGGCAUUGGGGCAGGGUGCGGGGUAGCAGUUUGACAAUAAAUUAUCUGUAAGCAUGCACAAGUGCUUCUCCAUGUUAUGUGCUGCUUGCAGGCGGCUUGCAAGGUGGGGGUCAUCUGAAGCACUAGAAAAGAAAGGCUACCAAAGAUAAAAGGCUACUUAGAAAACGUGUUGAAGGGCAGGCAAAGGGGUGACGGUGACAGCAGCAGGAAAGGUAUCAUAACAUCAGUCGUGUUCUCAGUGCUAUCAUAAACGGUUUGUAUGGAAACCCACGGUGGUGUCCAAAGUGGUCCCCAGACCCCUUGGGUCCUGGCCUUUCAGGGGCCGCGAGGUCAGCAAGAGUUUCACGCUAAGAGCUUGUUUGCCUUUUUCACUGUGUUGACAGUUGCACUGACGGUGCAAAAGCAACAGUGGGUAAAAUGCCGUGAAUCAGGGCAGUGGCACAGAAUGGUACCGUGGUUGUAUUUUUCACCACCACACACUGAAAAAAGCCGCUUCACUGAAGGAUGGCCUUGAUGAAGCAGUGUAAAUUAGUAGAUCAUCAGAUCUGGGCCCUGGAGUACACAGCUUUGCAUUCUGUGGCACGAUGUGCGUGACAAGUAUGGUGGUUGUCUCAGCUGAACCAGCCCCUCAUCAGGGAACACCAUGUUUACUCUAAAGAGUGACUGACUGGCUCCUCAGACUUGCAGAUGACAGAUGUUUUCUCAGAAGUGAAUUUAAUGAGCCUGUCAUUGCAGUAGUGCGACUGUCAGUUCAGGCUUCUAUAACGAAACUACCGUCGACAGAGUGGCUUAGACAGCAAACUGACCUCUCACAGUCCUGGAGGCUGGAAGUCCAAGAUGAGGGUGCCAGCAGGUGCGGUGUCCGAUGAGAGCCAGCUUGCCAGCCUGUGGACAGCCAGCCACCUGCUUGCUCUCCUCUCUCUCACCUUCAGUCUGUAGCAACAACCGAUAGUAUUUAUUGCCAGUGAUAAAAUUUGCAUUUUCCGAGACUUUUCUGAUAAGAUUGGUGGUGGUUUAAAGGAUGAAUUUUUGACUUCGGGUAAUGAAAUGUAUCAACUUUGGGAAGAUCUGCAUAGCUCAGUAAACGUGUUUUCCAAGUGUCAAUGCAAGCGUCAAUGCGUACGAUAUCAUGCGUAGAUUAAGAGAUCUUUGCUAAGUGUAAGGUGGACCAGUGUAACAAUGAAAAGUUACUGGGACUACCACAUGUCGAGUUUUUAUAGAUUAAAGAGGAAUAUCCACAGUUUUGUGAGAAGUGAUUAAUAUACUCUCCCUUUUCCAGCUACAGAUCGGCAUGAGGCCAGAUUUUCUUCAUAGGCUUCAUAAAGCCAUACGUGGCAUUGAAUUGAAUGUGUCGUUAGAAGCAGAGACUCCCUGUCUUCUGGGGAGACAGGCAUUAAGGAGAUUUGCAAAAGUGGAAAACAAGGCCACCCUACUUGAUUUGUUUUGGGGAAUAUAAAAAGUCAUUAUUUACGUUAGCAUUUAAUGUGUUUAUUAUUUUAAAAUAAAACAAAUAUUUACUUUAA